GUAAACUUCAUUCAUAAUUUUUAAUUCAUAACAUUAUAACGACGCCCUCUUUAGUUCCAAUUCCAUAGGUAGUUCGUUUGUACCAACCUUGAAAAGCCGUCAGAGAGAUUUAACCUCAAAUAAUUGUAGAGUGUUGUUUUUGAAAAAGUUAUUUAAUUUUAACAACAAAUCCCAUAAUUAACCAAAAUGUCUGAAAGAAAAGUUUUAAACAAAUACUAUCCGCCUGAUUUUGACCCCUCAAAAAUACCCCGUAUGAAAUUGCCCAAAAACAGGCAAUAUACAGUGAGAUUAAUGGCCCCCUUUAAUAUGAGAUGUGCAACAUGUGGGGAAUAUAUAUACAAGGGCAAGAAAUUUAAUGCUAGAAAGGAAGAUGUUGAAAAUGAAGAUUACCUAGGAAUAAGAAUUUACAGAUUUUACAUCAAAUGUACGAGGUGUUUACAAGAAAUUUCCUUUAAAACUGAUCCCAGAAACACAGACUAUGAAAUAGAAGCAGGAGCUACAAGAAAUUUUAUGGCAUUAAAGUUAGCAGAAGAACAAGCUUUAAGAGAAGAAGAGGAAGAAAAGGAGGAAGAACAAAAUAAUCCUAUGAAGUUAUUAGAAAACAGGACAAAGCAAUCUAAGAAUGAAAUCGAUUUGUUGGAAUCAUUAGAGGAACUAAAAGAUUUAAAUAGAAGACAACAGGCUGUUGAUUAUGAUACAAUGUUACUUCAAUAUGAUUCAGGGCUGUCAGCAAGGGAAAGGGAAGAGAAAUUAAAGCAAUUAGAUGAAGAAUAUAUAAAAUCUGUAAAAUUCAAUUCUACUCAGAAACGUAAAUUAAUUGUAGAAGAAGAGGUUGUUGAAGAAGAAGAUGAAACUCCUUCAAGUACAAAACAUAGCAAGGUAGAUGACACUGCUGAAGAAGUGAUUUCAACACCAGAAAACAUCAAAGAAGUUUUAGUUAAGCAAAAAAGCACAAAUACCUGGAAUAAAAGCAUUGGAAGCCUAUCUGGGAAAGGAAAACUAAAGAAUUUGGUAAAAGUUACAAAGAAGAAUGAAAAUGUUGGUAAAGAAACAAAACCUGCAAUCACUGAAGGCAGUUCUUCAAGUUCUACACAGGUUACAACAACUGUAAUAAAUUCAGUAAAAACUUGUAGUGGCUUGUCUUUAGUUGGAGAUUACUCAGAUAGUGGAAGUGCAAGUGAUUGACUGCUUAUAAAAUAUAAAUAUAUAUACACAAUGCACAUUUUUUUAUUAUAUAAUAUUGGGGAAAAGACAGUAUAUAAAAUGAUGUUAAUGUUUAAAUCAGUUCCUUCUUGGAAAUGAAAAAAAAUCUUUUAUAAGUCUAUAAAAAGGUAGCAUUACAAAUUGUAAACAAGGUGAAGUGUUAAUGAUAAAAAAUAAGCCACUCUUUUAAUAAGAAUAAGAAAUA